GCCACGUAGGAUUAUAUUUAUAUUAUGAAAGCAAAGUAUUGUAGAAAAGCCAUAUAAGAUUAUGAAUCAAAGAGAAGCAAGUAAUCUCUUAUAGUAUUAUAUAAUGAUUCAAUCAUAUAUUAUAUGGAGUUAAAUAAAAAUAUGUUUAGAUUUUGGUGGGUAGUGAAGUGGGCUUUUGGUCAUUUCCCUCUACAAGCCCGGUGAAGGUAGACCACAUAAUCACUUGAUGAAAUUGAAUUGAAGUGAUGAGAUUGUUGAUGUCGGAAACACAAAGCAAAUAAUGGCCUCCACAAACUCCUUCAUCGCAGCGCAAAUCCUCCCGCCGCACUCCAAGGCCGCGCGCGCGCCGAUGCCCACGCGGAGGCAGUGCCUGCUUCUGCUCACCGCGACGACGGCGCUGAGGGCGGCGGAAUUGCCGGCCAGAGCGCAGGACAUACCGCUGUUCGGGCUGAGGAAGAGCCUCCGCAAGGUGGAGGAAGAGGCGGAGGAGAUAGUGAAGGAGGGGUUCGAGGCGGCCGACAAGGGAAUCGCGGCGGCCGAGAAGGGGAUUGAGGUCACGGAGAGAGGGGUGGUGGCGGCCGAGAAGGAGAUCGAGACGGUGUUGGCCUUCGGCGGUCUGGCGCAGGCGGGGGUCGUCGCGGGGGCGGAGGUGCUCGCCGUCGUCAUCGCUUCCUCCAUUGUUAAUGGGAUUCUGGGGCCCGAAGCUCAGAAAUCAUGACACAAAUUGUAACGUUAAUUAUGUGGAAUGUUUGUUUUCAAAUUAUCUAAAUCGUAAUUUUCUUUCGAAUUA